AAAACUCCAUGGAGUAGCAAAUCCCAACGAACACUAUAUUCAUCUAUGUCACUACUCUUGAUUUGCAGACACUUAAUCUGAUAGAUGUGGAGCUUCAAGUGCAAUCAUCUCCGCAAUUUAUAGAGUAUCCCUGAAACAAAAGUGAAAUGCAGAAAGAAGACCCUAAGUUGUCAUCUGUGCACAAAAGAGCUAUUCAAGCCUGUUAUGAAGAUAUAACGGAAAGCUUAGAUGUGGAUAGCAUAAUGGACCUGUGCUAUUCGAAGGGGAUCUUAACAAAACCUAUGAAAGAUGACAUCAUGGCGAUGCCUACACCAGCAAAGAAAUGUAGAGCAUUCUUGGACAAACUAGAUAGUUGUACUGUAGAUGAGUUUAAUGAAUUUCUGAAUGUUCUAAAAGAAAAGAAUUAUGAAUACUUGGCUGAUUCCAUAGAGCAGGUGCUUUUGGAGAAGACCUUCAUCAACGCCGAGUAUUACAUAAGCUUGGCAAAUAAAAUGAGUGCUAAAGAUUCAGCACAUGCCAAAGAAUCAGCCAAGAGGUUAAUUCCUAUUUUCAAAAAGCUCAUGUCAACAAACCAGCUAGAAAUCAAUGAAGUUCAAACACCUUUGGUGCUUUCUUCAGGAAUUGCCCCUCUGAAAGCAAGCUCAGUUGAUAGCACCAGGAUGCCAUCAAUACAUUUGGUUGACCAGCCUGAGAGUUCAAAAUUUCUUUCAAGAUCAAUGAGUACUGACCUGUCAAACAGAAGGCAAGCUCCACAUUUUACUAUUGUACACGAGACACCAAACCCAAGGUUUCGGCUAAUUUUUAGCAUAUGUUUUUUCAAAAAUGGCAGCCAGGUUCAGAUUGUUAUAGAUGAAGAUGGGGAUACAAAAGCUAUACUAUGUGAUGUGCAAAGUCAGGUUAUUGAUGUUUUGGUUGUCAGUUCUUGUGUAUGGCAUGCUAUAUGCAAUAAUCAAGAUAUUGCUGCAAUAUCAUGCAAGCCCGAAAGUGUCCCUAUGGUAAAACUGUUCAACAGUUCAGGGAGUCAUUUGAAAAACAUUGUAUUACAUCAAAUUGAAAUUCCAAGUAGACUUGGAUUUUUCAGUGAUCAUCAAUUGCUUAUAGCAGAUAACAAGGCAAAGGUUCUACACAUUGUUGACAUUCAAUCUGACGGGUCAUCCAAUCAGAAUUUUGGUCAUGGACGGGUUGGUGAUUUUGAAAGUAUUGAGGAUAUAGCAGUGGAUUCUGGAAAGAAUCAUGUUUUUGUAGCAGAUUCGCAAGGUAGAUCUGUCAAAAGUUAUGAUAUUUCUGGAAAUCUGUUGUUUGAAUACACAGGCUCAGAUAUAAAUUCUGGAAUUAAUCCUAAAAGUCUCUGUGUUGAUAGCAAUGGCUGUGUCAUUAUAGCAGACAAUAUAAGUAAUCAUAUUGAACUGCUAGAUCAAGAAGGUGUCUUUGUCAAAAAUAUUAUAUCAAAAGAGCCUGACAUUCACAGUCCAAUAGCAGUUACUUUUGAUCGUAAAGGAGGACUUGUAGUUGUGACCAAUGUAAUUGGACAGCCAGGCAUAUAUAUUGUGACACCUGAACAGUAAAAACAAUGUCUAAGAAGUUACUGAUAUGGUCUUGAACUGACCCAAUAUUACAGAUAAAUAUCUGUAUAAAUAUCUUUCUGUAAAAUGUUGGUGAGGUUGUUGCCUUGCAUGCCUCUUGGCUGACUAUGCCAUGGCUAUGCCCAUGUCUAUGUAUAUAAUACUAUUAACCGGAAUCCAAGUUUUCAAGUAGAGAAAUACAUUAUUUCAUAGUGGACUAUAUGUAACAUAUUUGAAAUGUUAGAAUUUAAUUAAUUAGUAAACAAAUAAAACUAAAAAUUAAAAUAUUA